AGGGAGGAUGGUGGUGGUGGUCGACCUUGUCAACAGGUGGUCAGUGCUGGUCUGCAGCUCCCUGUGGAAGGUCGUGUGUCGCAGCUCUCCCUCGCCACCAGACGCCUCUCUCUCUUACAGGUGUGAUAAUGUGGCGCUUCGCGGCGAUGAUGAUGAUGGUGACAGCGAUGGUGACGGUGGGUUGUGACGCUCACCAUAUAGCCAGGUGUGCGCGGGGCGGAGGGCGGCAUGGCGCGUGCGGCCACAUCACCGACUGUCCGCCACUACUCUCCCUCCUUCACCGGCUGCGCACUGCUACUGCGCCGCCGCACGCCUUCCAGAUACUGCGCAGGUCUGUAUGCGGCUAUGAAAACAAUUUUCCUCUGGUGUGCUGCCCCGACUCUGCUUCACCUGCUAGAGUGUUGUCGCCUGGCCGCUCCCUGCUCCCGGCGCGCUGCGGCAUCUCCUCCCUCACUGACCGUAUCAUUGACGGCGAGGACGCCAAGCUCAUGGCCUGGCCCUGGAUGGUCCUACUGCGCGGCACCAUGAAUGGAGUGUCGCAGUGGACGUGUGGAGGAGUGUUGAUAUCGGAGCGCUACGUCCUGACGGCUGCACACUGCUACAACCCCUCACUCGUCACCAUCGAGAGCGUGAGGGUGGGGGAGCACACGCUUCAUCAACACCCGGACUGUGAGCUGGGCAUCUGUGCGCCUCCGCCCCAGGACAUCCCAGUAGAGCGGGUCAUCUCCCACCCUGACUAUGAGAAGCCCUGCACCACCUGUAAUGACAUCGCCCUGCUCAGGCUCGCCCGACCUGCUAUCCUCAACCCUUUUCACGUGGUGCCGGUGUGCCUGCCCGUCAACCCUCAACAGGAUCUGGGCUUCACAGAGCAAGAGUUCCUGGGCCAGCUGGCCUGGGCGGCCGGAUGGGGCUCCAUCUCCAGGGAUUCCUUAACUUUUGUUAGACUGAACACGCUGCAGCAAGUCCAGCUGCCAAUUGUUGAUUUACCAUUUUGUGAGAUUUUGAGGAAACCUUAUCCGGACCGUCGCAUGGUGCUGUGUGCAGGUGGGAACGGCAAGGACACCUGCAGGGGGGACUCUGGAGGACCUCUGACCGUGACCAACAAGGUGGGCACGAGGAGCUACGUGGUGGGCAUCACUAGUCACGGGCCCCGGGAGUGUGGCAUCACCAACACACAGGGCAUCUACACCAACGUUCUCUACUAUAUCUCCUGGAUCAUCAGCAACUUGCAGCCUUGAAUACCCACCCAGCCAUGACAAGUUACUGUUCAGUGUUGCCUGUCCUUGUGCUCAGGUCACUAUGUGACCUCUCCUCCCAGCCACUCUUAUCAAUAUUUUUGUAUCAAGGAAUAAAGAUUCAGUUUAA